CUCUGCCUUCACUCGGACGAUUUCAGCCAUUUGAAGGGGCACCUAUAUUUUCCAGCAUCCCGGAACAUAUAGGCAAAUGGAGCAAACGUAUGGAGAGGUGAACCAGUUAGGCGGCGUGUUCGUCAACGGGAGACCCCUGCCCAAUGCCAUCCGAUUAAGAAUAGUGGAGCUGGCCCAGCUCGGGAUCAGACCCUGUGAUAUAAGUCGACAGCUCCGGGUCUCCCAUGGCUGUGUAAGCAAGAUUUUGGCAAGGUACAACGAGACGGGCUCCAUCUUACCCGGUGCCAUCGGUGGAAGCAAACCGCGGGUCACGACGCCUAACGUGGUGAAAAAUAUCAGGGAAUACAAACAAAGUGACCCCGGGAUCUUUGCCUGGGAGAUCCGGGACAGGCUUUUAGCAGAUGGAGUUUGUGACAAGUACAAUGUCCCGUCGGUUAGCUCGAUCAGCAGGAUUUUACGCAACAAGAUUGGAAAUCUCUCCCAGCCGAACCAGUACGAGAGCAAGCAGGCCUCCACACAGGCCGGGCUCUCCUACAACCACAUAUACCCGUAUUCCUACCCCAACACCAUGUCACCCACUGGCACUAAAAUGGGCAACCCUCCUGGAGUACCGGUGACAGCGGGACAUAUGAGCAUUUCCAGAGCCUGGCCUUCUGCACACACCGUCAGCAACAUCCUCGGUAUACGCGCCUUCAUGGAUCCUGCAGCCAUUGCUGGGACGGAGGGUUACGCACCGAAGAUGGAGGAGUGGAGCAGCGUCAAUAGAGCAGCCUUCCCCGCAGCUCACACAGUCAACGGGAUAGACAAAUCAGCCAUAGAUGCAGACAUCAAAUACGCACAGCCCUCAUCUACACUGUCCAGUUACGUGUCCGCGUGCGCGUACUCUCCCACCAACCAGUACGGGGUGUACAGCGGGCCUGCGGGCGGCUACGUGGCCCCGAGCCACCAUCAUUGGCAGCCACAGAGUCCGGCCCUGUCCCACCCGGGCGGCGGGAUGGGCAUGCACGCGGGAGAGAUCCACUCACCGAUGACCUUCAAGCACCAGGCCCGAGAAGGAGACAGAAAGCCCCCCAGUCCCCUGAGCAAACAACAACAUGAAGACUUGAACAGCGUGCACGGACUCAGCCUCCCUACCUCAUCAUCAUAACCGGGACUUAUACCACCUUAAAUAACAACGCCCUUUAAACCGAACUCAUUUCAACAACUCCAACAGUAAGUGUGAACACUACCGGCUUGUUUCACCCCCGAGUCUGUGGAGCUGGCAGUCCCACACAGGCCUCUUGAAUACAGUGGAGCUCUAUGGGCCUGCAUGGCCACAUGAAUGUAAGUUUGCAUGGAUGUUCCCCCUCAUUGGUUGAUAGCUCAUUCUCUUCAGUGACAUUACUUCAUCCUUUGGCUGUGCAUUCCCUCACGGAGAGGGCAGGAAUUUAAAAAAAAAAUAUCAAUCCAUUUUGUUUCAUUUUAAAGUGCUAUUUUAUAAUCCGCCAAAUAAGACUUUUUGAUGAUCUCGACUCUCAGUAACUCAACGAUGUGAACAAAGAUAUAAUUGUCUAAAUGUAAAAUAUUUG